UUGUGAAGGAAUCAGUGUUGUGAUUCGUCACUCUCACUCUCUUUCUUUCUUUUGUGAAGUCACUGAGCGUGCUCGCUAAGAUAAGAAUCUCUUCACUCCAUUGCUGACUCCAAGCAUCUGUAAAGUGAAGAACAAACAAAGCACCCUCUCUUCUCUCUCCUCUACAAUUCUUCCAUUCCAGUUCAACUUUCACACUCAAUCUCAGCAACACCAGCAAGCAACACACCACUAUCUCGUUACCCUCGAAUCGUCUUCCAUUUUGAUCGCACCCUUUGAGUGUGACUACCAACAAAACCCCAAAAACCUCCAAGCUUUCAAGCUAUGCCGUGCGGCGAGUCCUCCGCCGCCGGUGCCGGCCGACCACCCACGGACCCCUCUUCCGGCGUCUCCGAUCAAGUCGACAUCACUCACGACGACUCCGUGAAGAAAGACCCUAGGGAAUAUGCUAGAAAGUAUCAGUUGGAGCUGUGCAAAAAAGCUUUGGAGGAAAAUAUAAUUGUGUAUUUGGGGACAGGAUGUGGUAAAACCCACAUUGCUGUGCUGCUUAUGCACGAGAUGGGUCAUUUGAUACGGAAGCCCGCGGAGAAAGUCUGUGUUUUUCUUGCCCCUACUGUGGCUUUAGUUCAACAGCAAGCCAAGGUGAUAGAAGACUCUACUGAUUUUAAGGUUGGAAUUUACUGUGGGAGUUCCAAGCGCUUGAAAAAUCCUCAAGAGUGGGAGCUGGAGAUUGGGCAGUAUGAGGUUCUUGUCAUGACCCCACAAAUAUUACAUCGCAACUUAUCUCAUUGUUUCAUCAAGAUGGAGAUGAUUGCACUUUUGAUAUUUGAUGAGUGUCAUCAUGCUCAAAUCAAAAGCAACCAUCCUUAUGCACAAAUCAUGAAAGUCUUCUACGAAAAGAAUUCCACAAAGGUUCCCCGUAUAUUUGGCAUGACUGCUUCCCCUAUCGUAGGAAAAGAUCUGGACUUGAGAACAUUAUUUGGUGCUUCUAUCAAAUCAAAUCUACCAAAAAGCAUCAAUAGUCUUGAACAUAUGCUUGAUGCUAAGGUUUAUUCAGUUAAGGAUAAGGAAUUGCAAACUUUUGUGACCACUCCUGUAAUUCAUGUAUAUCCUUACGAUUCUACUUCAAAAGUGGAAAGUGGCUUGCACUCAAAAAUUGAGGAGAUUAAAAGUCAGUGCAUAGCAACCCUUGGUAGAAAUAUAGAAGAUCACCAGAAACGGAUGAACACUAAGAAACUUCUGAAGCGGAUGCAUGAUAAUGUGGUCUUCUGUCUGACGAAUCUUGGUAUUUGGGGAGCCUUGCAAGCUAGUCGUAUUCUUUUGAGCGGUGAUCAUUCUCAGAGGCAUGAAUUGGUGGAGGCAGAAGGAAAUUCAAGUGAUGAGUCUGUGUGUGACAAAUAUCUUGCUCUGACAGCUGAACUAUUUACUUCACAAUGCAUGAUUGGUGAUAGUGUAUCUGACCAAUGUUCUGUGGAAAUAUUAAAAGAGCCCUUUUUCUCAGCAAAGCUUUUACGUCUUAUUGGGAUACUUUCCAAUUCUAGGUUGCAACAAGACAGGAAAUGUAUAAUUUUUGUGAAUAGAAUUGUGACUGCAAGAUCCCUGUCAUACAUACUGCAGAAGCUCAAGCUUCUACGACAAUGGAAGAGUGAUUAUCUAGUAGGAGUACAUUCUGGACUGAAGAGUAUGUCCCGAAAGACCAUGAACGUCAUUGUUGAGAAGUUUCGCUCUGGAGAGUUGAAUCUAUUGGUUGCCACCAAAGUGGGUGAAGAAGGACUUGACAUUCAGACAUGUUGCCUUGUCAUACGAUUUGAUCUUCCAGAAACUGUUGCUAGCUUUAUACAGUCAAGAGGCCGUGCACGUAUGGCUCAGUCAGAAUAUGCAUUUUUGGUGGACAGUGACAACAAGAAGGAAUUGGACAUAAUUGACGGUUUUGAGAAAGAUGAGUACCAAAUGAAUACGGAAAUUACUGUCCGCACAUCCAAUGAGACAUACAACAUCCCCGAGGAAAGAAUAUUCCGAGUUGAUUCAUCUGGUGCUUCUGUCAGUUCAGGAUAUAGCAUCUCAUUGCUUCACCAAUACUGUUCAAAGCUUCCACAUGAUGAGUUCUUUGACCCCAAGCCAAAUUUCUUUUACUUCGAGGAUUCAGGGGGAAUUGUCUGCCACAUAAUUUUGCCUUCCAAUGCUCCAAUACACCAAGUUGCCAGCACACCACAGUUGUCAAUGGAAGCUUCAAAAAGGGAUGCUUGCCUGAAUGCAAUAGAAGAACUGCAUAAACUGGGUGCUUUAAAUGAUUCUCUCUUGCCAAAGCAAGAUCAUGCAGAGCCUGAGGAGCAGGUUUUGGGCUCUUCUGAUUUAGAUGAGUGUGAAGAUGACAUAUCAAGAGGAGAAUUAUAUGAGAUGCUAGUUCCGCCUGUUUUUGGACAGUCAUGGAUAAAUGAGGAGAAAAUUGUUCAUCUCAAUUCUUACUACAUCAAAUUUUGUCCCUGUCCAAACGAUAGGGACUACAAAAAGUUUGGGUUAUUCAUCAUGGCUCGUCUUCCACUGGAGGCUGAGAAACUAGAACUUGAUCUACAUCUUGCUCAUAGUAGAUAUGUGAAGACAAAGGUUAUUCCAUUUGGAGUUUUAGAAUUCCACAAAGAUGAGAUUAAAAUGGCGGAGAAUUUUCAAGAAAUGUUCCUCAAAAUGAUUCUUGAUAGAUUAGAAUUUGCUUCUGAGUUUGUAGACUUGGUUAAGGGUGCUGAAGCUCAGACAAGCACGCCGACCUUCUACCUUUUGCUUCCAGUCAUAUUGCAAGAAUAUGAUAAUGUCAUGAAAGUAGAUUGGAAGACAGUGAAGCAAUGCCUUAGUUCACCAAUUUUCAGGCAUCCAGUAGAUACUGUGGAUAAAAAAAAAGAUUUCCCUUCGGACAUCCAGCUGCAACUUGGCAAUGGUUACAGAAGUGUUAGAGAUGUUGAGAAUAGUUUAGUGUAUGUCCCACAUAAGAAGCUCUUUUAUUUUGUCACAAAUAUCGACUAUCUAAAGAACGGGUUCAGUCCUUAUAAUAAAGAUUCAAGCUAUGUGGACCACUUCAUUGAAAAGUCGAUUAAUCUCAAAUGCCCUGAACAACCACUUCUGCAUGUAAAACCACUCUGUAAUUUGCACAACCUGCUACACAACCGAAAGCGUGAGGAUACAGAAGCGCAUGAGCUGGAGGAAUAUCUAGUUUAUUUUCCUCCUGAGUUAUGUGAGCUUAAAAUAGUUGGCUUCUCAAAGGACAUUGGUAGUUCCAUAUCUUUGCUGCCCUCAUUUAUGCACCGGCUUGGAAACUUGCUAGUUGCUAUUGAACUCAAGCACAUGCUAUCUUCUUUCUUCCCAGAGGCAGAUAAAAUAAAUUCUCUUAAAGUUCUAGAGGCUCUCACCACUGAGAAGUGUCAGGAGUGCUUUUCCCUUGAAAGACUUGAAGUGCUUGGUGACUCUUUCCUUAAAUUUGCUGUUGCACGUCAUUUUUUUCUCAUGCAUGAAAACCUUCAUGAAGGAGACCUAACAAGAAGCCGAUCCAAUCUUGUAAAAAAUUCCAAUUUGUUUAAGUUGGCUAUUAGGUGUAAUUUGCAGGUCUAUAUAUGCGAUUACGCAUUUAAUCCCUUGCAGUUCUAUGCACUAGGCCGUCCUUGCCCAAGAAUUUGUAGCAAGGAAACUGAAGAAAGCAUACACUUCUGUUUCGACUCUGUUAAGAACCAAAAUAGAGCAACUGAAGCCCGAUGUAAUAAAAAUCAUCAUUGGUUGCACAGGAAAACAAUUGCUGAUGUGGUUGAAGCUCUGGUCGGAGCAUUCCUAGUUGAGAGUGGCUUUAAAGCUGCAAUUGCCUUUCUUCAAUGGAUUGGCAUACAAGUUGAUUUUGAAGCGUCACAAGUUGUUAAUAUUUGCAGAGGAAGUGCUAGAUAUUUUCCUCUUUCUGCUGAUGUAGACAUUCCUUCCCUUGAACAUAACUUAGGACAUCACUUUGUCCAUAAGGGACUGCUUCUCCAGGCAUUCAUUCAUCCAUCUUACAGUAAGCAUGGAGGAGGCUGUUAUCAACGAUUGGAGUUUCUAGGAGAUGCUGUCAUGGACUACUUAAUUACUUCGUAUCUAUAUUCAGCAUAUCCCAAGCUAAAGCCUGGUCAAUUGACAGAUUUGAGAUCGCUGUCUGUUAAUAAUAAGGCAUUUGCCUGUGUAGCAGUAGACCGCAGAUUUGAUAAAUUUAUUUUAUGUGAUUCAAGCGGCCUGUCUGAGGCAAUUAAAAAUUAUGUGGACUAUAUUAGAAGAUCUGUAUCAUGCAGUUGCGUUAAGGAAGGUCCAAAAUGUCCCAAGGCCCUGGGCGACAUAGUGGAAUCUGGUUUUGGUGCCAUUCUUCUUGACUCCGGAUUCAAUUUGAACAAAGUUUGGAAGAUUAUGACUUCAUUCUUGGACCCAAUCAUGAAAUUCUCUUCAAGCUUUCAGCUUAGUCCAAUGAGGGAUUUGCGAGAACUUAGCCAGUCGUAUAAUUUGGAAUUGGAGUUUCUGCCAACAAAACUGAGUAAAACUUUUUCAGUUGAAGCCAGAGUGACUGGUAAUGGUUUAUGCGAAUCAGCUUCAGCCAUCAGCCAAAGUAAAAAAGAGGCUUCUAGAAUUGCUUCACAGCGACUAUUUUCAAACUUAAAGGCUCGAGGCUGGAAAACAAAGUCAAAAACUUUGGAAGAAGUUAUGAAAUCAACCGAUAAGACGGAACCGCAACUUAUUGGCUAUGAUGAAACUCCCAUUGAUGUAACAGAUACCAAUUCCAUGGGACACAUAAUGGUUCAAAGAGACCUAGGCAGCAAGUCUGACCCAGAAAUUCGCCCUAUCCUUGAGGUAGUUGAUACAUACUCCCCAUGUGUGACACCUGUUGGAGAACUGCUUCCAUCUUCUCCCGAAGGAAAGCUUAAUGAAACCUUUAAAAAUCAAGAAUGUAGCGGUGAUUUGUUGAGGACAGCAACAGCAACAUCACGAUUGUAUGAAGUCUGUGCUGCUUAUGGCUGGAAACCUCCUUCAUUUGAAUGCUGCAAGGAAGAAGGACCAGACCAUCAGAAGAUAUUCACUAUCAAGGUGACAUUGGAGAUAGAAGAGAUCCCAGAUAUGAUUUUUGAGUUUGUUGGGGAACCUCUACUAAAGAAGAAAGAUGCAGCAAAGAGUGCAGCUGAGGGUGCCCUUUGGUACCUGCAACAGAAAGGUUACCUGCCUAAUACUACUGGUAAUUGACUUGCUGCUGAGCAACUAUCAGCAACAACAACAAAAGCCUUAUUCUACUAAACAACUAUCGCGUCACAUAAAUCUGAAGAAAUGUCUAAUUCUUCAUUUGGUAUCUGUGAAUGCCCUCAUCGUAAUAGAAAAAUAGGUUUAGUAUAACCCAGGACCCCAGAUGAAAAUCUGUAGUACAGUAUAAUUCAUGUAAUGUCUAAGUUGCAUAUAGCAUUAGUCUCUUAUAACUGUGAAAAUUCUUAGUUUGGUGUAUGACAUCUGAAAUGCAAAGAAAAAAGUUGGUCAUGGGCAUAGAUAUACCCAGUACAUAAGAGAACAGGUAUUAAAAUUGUUGAUUA